GCCAUCGUCGCCGUACGGACCGCGCUUGACGAAGGUAUAAAUGGCCGCUAAAACAAGUCGGCAGUGCUGGAGUGCGGUCAACAGGCGGAGAGUGCUCAGGCGGCUUGGCUGGUAAACUUUAAGAGUGAGUUUCUAAAUACGGACCCGAAAGAUGCCUGUGACAAACCGCAAUGAGAAAAAGGGUCUGCUGGAGCGGCUGCGGGACGGCGGCGUUGUGAUCGGCGACGGCGGCAUGAUAUCCGAGCUGGAGAAGCGGGGCUACGCGCGCACCGGCGUCUGGACCCCGGAGGCGUGCGUCACGCACCCCCAGGCCGUGACUGAGCUCCAUCGCGAGUUCGCCCGAGCGGGUGCGGACGUGCUACAAGCAGUCAACUUCUACGCCAAUGAGGAGACGCUGCGCCAGCAGGGGGUGGAGCAGACUGUCGAGGAGAUUAACCGAGCUGCCUGCAGGCUGGCUCGCCAAGUGGCCGAGGAGGGCAACCAGCUGAUCUCGGCCUCGCUGACGGCGACGCCGGCAUUUACGGGCCCCGCCAGCCGGGACCGCGUCAUCACCGCCUACCGCAGUCAGCUGCGGCCCGUGCUGGAGGAGGGGAUCGACUUCGUCAUGUGCGAGUGGAUGUUUGACAUCCGCGAGAUGGAGUGCGCGAUAGCGGCGGCCCGCGAGACCGGCCUGCCGGUGGUGGCCUGCAUGUCGACCGGCACGCGCGGCGACAAUGAGGGCGUCACGCCAGAGCAGUGCGCCCUCCGCAUGGCCAGGGCCGGCGCGGAUGUCGUGGGCACGAACUGCUUCGUGGGACCACGGAACGCACUGCGGACCAUCCGGCGGAUGCGUCUGGCGUUGGCGGAGGCCGGUCUCACGAGACCACUCAUCAUGCAGCCGGUCGGCGUCAGGACGCCCGAGGACGGCACUACUAUGAUGAGCUGCUGCCUCUGGCCAAUGGCCAUGGAGUCGCUGGUGCUGACGCGGUUCGAGAGUCGUGCGUUCGCGCGGGAGGCGUACGACGAGGGCGUGCGGUACAUCGGUGGCUGCUGCUACUUCCGCGCCACCCACAUCAGGGCGAUGGCGGAGGAGCUCUCCAAGGAACGGGGAGGUGUCGUCCCGGAGGCGUCCCACAAGGGCGGCUGGGGCGCUGAUCUCGCCACGCAUGCUAACCUGGACGUCUCCAAGAGGAGCUCCAGACAUUUUUGGAUGAACGCAAAACCUGCCUCUGUCGGCGAAUCAGCCAAUGAAUACCUGGCCAACUGGAAGCACGCCUUGACCAACUGAGGUCUCCAUGCAAAACGCACUUCAAAUGGGCUACAGCUCAGACCAAUCAACCCUGCUGCCAUCUGCCGGUGGCAGUCUGAACUGAUCGUUAGAGCCAAGCUCCACCGACGUGACAUGCGCGGAGAGCCUCGGAGGCGAGGCUAAACCAGGGUCUCGCUACCAGAAUGUUGUGUGUUGUGCAGCCUGCAACCUGCAUUUUGGAAAUACUUGUAGAGGUAUCGGCCGUUUCUCCUGUUCGGGUCAUGUAUUGCACUGCGAGCGGUGCAACUAUGAUUUGGCCUCCCUGAGCCGUCGAAUGCCUUCUCAUAGUAGUGCACUAGCACGUGGCGUCGUGCGCCCUAUGGAUGUAUGGACUCCGUGUGUCUGAACUGCGGCUUGUCAUGGUGUCAGUGGUUUGUCAUGAUGUCGACGCGGAUGACACGUGUCCCAGCUGGCGAUGAGGGUGUAUUUCGGAGAUGCGUUCGCAACGGACAUAACCCAGCGACGCCGCCUGCUCCGCGUGUCUCAGUUGGUGGUUAUGUCAUGCGGUGAUGGAUGCCAUGCGCCACGUGCCGAUGUGAAAUAGCUGGAUGGUGAGUAACGCCUGGACCGCGCGGUCAAGACGUGGGGUCGAUUCCCGCCGCGGUAAACAUUUAUUGGCGCCGUUUGGCCGGAGGAACGCUACGCGCGACUCUUGUCCCAGAAUGCAUGAGUGUCGUGCAAGCAUCACUGCAAAAUUACUGCGACGAAUUUUUUGGCUGUGACGGGGAGUAAGCCAUCAGAUUCAAGGCAGACAUAACAAUACAGGAAACAUUUACGAACAGACUAAUGUCAACCACACGAAAGGUCG